AUGAUUGCUGCAGAGAGGAGGUCUUUUGACUGUAAGAGACGUGUCGAAUACGGAACCGAACUCUGGGACGACAAUAGGAAAAGGGCGAGGGUAUACAACAACAACAAUCCACAACCAGUUUUGGGUGAUCAGACUAGAAUCACCAUCCCUCAAGGGUGGGAAGAUUGUCCUCGUUUUGGUCAGAACAUAGGAUGCAUUAUUCCUUCAAAGGUUCCCCUCAGUGAGUCUUACAACAAAGCUCUUUCUCCUGACAACAUCUACACUUUCAAACAGUGGUUAGCUAAUAAUAAUACAAGAAAACUUGGGCUCGUGAUUGAUCUCACCAAUACAACUCGUUACUAUCACCCUACCUUAGAGUUAAGCCAGGAGGGCAUCGAGCAUGUUAAGAUCCCUUGCUCUGGCCGUGAUGCUGUGCCAGAUACUUCCUCUGUAAACACCUUUGUCAGCCAGGUUUAUCAGUUCGAGAAACACAACCGCUCAAAUAAGUAUGUUCUCGUUCAUUGCACACACGGGCAUAAUCGCACAGGUUUCAUGAUUGUCCAUUACCUUAUGCGCUCUAGGCCGAUGAUGACCGUUACAUGGGCGUUGAAAACCUUUUCCGAUGACCGCCCGCCCGGUAUCUACAAACCAGAUUACAUUGACGCUCUCUACACUUUUUAUCAAGAAGUGAAGCCUCGGAGUUAUAUUUGCCCACCCACUCCUGAAUGGAAGAGGCUUGAUCUCCACGAUGCAGAAAAUGUCAAGAAGAUGUCAAAUGAUGACAUUUUAGGAGAUGACAUACCCUCAGAUCAGGAGGUAGAGUACCAGAAAUUCUGUUAUGAGAUGCUGAACAUCAAGUCAACAAGUGAAGGAACUAUGUACUUUCCUGGCUCGCACCCUGUAUCAUUAGGCAGGGAACAGCUGCGACUCUUGAGGCAUCGGUACUAUUACGCGACAUGGAAGGCAGAUGGAACGCGGUAUAUGAUGCUCUUGACUAAAGAAGGGUGUUAUCUGAUAAACAGGGCGUUCAGAUUUAGAAAGGUACAUAUGCGGUUCCCUCGUAGUGAUUAUCACGAAGUGCAUCAUAAAACUUUGCUUGAUGGAGAGAUGGUUGUGGAUACACUUCCCGAUGGGCGCCAGGUGAGGAGGUACCUCGUGUAUGACUUGGUAGCAAUCAACGGGGAGUCGGUAGUAAAUCGGCCUUUCUCCGAAAGAUGGAAUAUAAUCGAAAGAGAUGUGAUCAAACCCCGUAAUGAUGAGAGGAAGUUGACAAAUCAUGGUUACAGAUACGAGCUGGAGCCUUUUGGUGUACGGAUUAAGGUUUUUUGUUUACUCUCUGCUCUUGAUAAGGUUUUCAAGGAGUUGAUUCCCUCGCUUUCGCAUGAAGCCGACGGCAUAAUAUUCCAAGGUUGGAACGAUCCUUAUAAAUACGGAGCCAAUGGUUAUCUACUGAAGUGGAAGUAUCCAGAAAAGAACUCGGUGGACUUUCUGGUUGAGAUGACCAAGGAUGGGCACCGAAGGAUGUUUUUGCAUGAUCUUGGGAGGAAGAAGCUUAUGGAAGGAUAUUCGGUUGAGUUUAGAGGUGAUUGUUGGAAGAACCCGGCCAGUUACUGUGGGAAGAUUGUAGAGUGUUCAUGGGAUAAGGAGAAGAAAGUAUGGCUUGGCAUGCGGAUCAGAGUUGACAAAGAUACACCAAAUGACACCAGAGCCGCUUUUGGAGUGAUAGAAAGCAUAAAUGACAACAUCACGGAGGAGGUUUUGCUGGACGAGAUCAGAGAGAUUAUCCGUCUUCCAAUGUACGUCGCGGGCAUCCAUAGGGGCACACAAGCUGCUAAACGCGGCAAGCAUGCAAACCGUAAAGCCUUGUGAACUCUAUUGGUAGAGUUUCCAUGUUUGAGGUAUAGCAGAACGAUUUAGAUUUAGAAAUUUGUAUCCUUGCAUUAACAUCUUUUACUCUUUUGUAAAUACCCUCCU